UUUCAGCUUCACAUGUGAGCUGCAGAUCACACACACUCCUCCUGCUCACAUUUACUCCUGGAACCAGCCCACAAUUAAAGAUCUGAAGCACAAUGACAUCUCAGGUCUCAAAGACUGUCCUGCGACUGGAGGCUGAAGACGUCCGGGCACUGAAAGAUGGAAUUAAUUUUAAGAAAAACCAAGAGGAUGGCAAAUGUUACAUCAUUUACAAAGGCAAAGACAAAAUACGAGCGUGUGUGAACCAGUGCAAACACCAGGGAGGACUCUUCAUUAAAGACAUAGAAGACAUUGACGGCAGAACAGUGCGCUGCACCAAACACUACUGGAAACUGAACGUGGCCACUAUGGAGUACGUCAACCCUCCAGACAGCUUCAUGCAAGAUGAACUCGAGGCAGUGCUGUCAGACACUGACGGUAGUUUAGAGCUGGUGGAGUUGAAUCCUCCAGACCCCUGGACCGCAGAACCCAGAGAAGCACAAGAGCUGCAUGCUGGAGAGAUUACGCUGACGUACAUCACACAUGCAUGUGUGGAGCUGAAAGCGGGGAACAAGCGGAUGAUGUUCGACCCGUGGCUCACAGGACCAGCGUUUGCGAGGGGCUGGUGGCUCCUUCACGAACCUCCGUCUGAUGCCAUGGACAGACUCAGUCAGGCCGAUCUCAUUUACAUCAGCCACAUGCAUUCAGAUCACCUGAGCUACCCAACUUUGCAACGUCUUUCCAAGAAGCAUCCAGAUAUUCCCAUUUACGUUGGAGACACUUCACGGCCGGUGUUUUGGUAUCUGGAGAAAAGUGGAGUGAAUUUAACAAACAUCAACGUGGUGCCGUUCGGCGUGUGGCAGAAUGUGGAUGAACACCUGCGAUUCAUGAUUCUGAUGGACGGAGUUCAUCCUGAGAUGGACACCUGCUUGAUCGUGGAGUAUAAAGGUCACAUGAUCCUGAAUACGGUGGACUGCACCAGACCAAACAAUGGACGUCUUCCUCACGGUGUUGAUGUGAUGAUGAGCGACUUCGCCGGCGGCGCCUCUGGCUUCCCCAUGACCUUCCACGGCGGCAAAUACACCGAAAGCUGGAAGGCAGAUUUCAUCAAGAACGAGAGGAAGAAGUUGUUAAACUAUAAGACACAGAUGGUGAAAUCACUGCAGCCCAAGAUCUACUGCCCUUUUGCCGGAUACUUCACUGAAGCGCAUCCCUCUGACAGGUACAUAAAGGAGACGAACAGCAAGAACAGCGCAGCAGAUCUGAAUGAGUCGAUAAGGAAGAGCUGUCCGAACAUCCUAACCUGGACUCCUGUACCCGGAUCAGUCCUGGAUUUGGCCCUGGCACUAAAUGACCCAUCCAACAGGAGCGUCAUCACUGAGCCGCCCGGCAGCACACAGAUCUAUAAGGGCAGUUGGGACUUUGACUUGUAUUUGGAUGAACUGAAUGCUUCUGUUUCAGCUGAAAUCUUUAAAUACAAAAGCUGGAUCCAGUACUAUUAUAACUGGGCAGGAUUUAAAGACUACAAUCUGGUCAUUCGGGUCAUUGAGACGGAUGAUGAUUUCAAGCCUCUGAAAGGAGGUUAUGACUAUCUGGUGGACUUUCUGGAUCUUUCUUUCCCAGCCGCGCGUCCAGAGAGAGAUCACGCGUAUGAGGAGAUCCAGAACCGAGUUAAUGUGAUGAGACACGUGGUUCUGAACGGCCGGCUGUGGGACGACCUGUACAUCGGCUUCAAUAACAGAAUGAGUCGAGAUCCUGAUGUUUACCACCACAAGUUCUGGAAUCAUUUUCAGACAGAACUGCCUCUAUCAGCACCAGACUGGGAUAAUUUCCUUCAGAUUGCCUGUGAAAUGGAUGUGGCCAAACGAGAGCAGUCACAGCACUAUUUGUUUGGUUUUGAGGGUCUGAGGGGUUUGAUUCUGAUGCUGCUGCACUUCAGCUUAAUAACUCCGGUGCGGUUCCUUCAUCGGGUCAGACUGUGGUUCGGCCGCCGGCGGGAGACAUGAUGCUCACGGAUCCGUCAGAGAGGUCGCUCCUAGAAAAUGUCAACUGCAUGGUAAGUCUUGUUUUUUAACAUUUGCUAACUACCAAAUCAGUGAACAUAAUUAUUUAAAUAAUGAGACACAACGAGAUGUAUAUAAGUUGUUGUAAAGCACCACAGCUUGUAAGUGUAACGGGAUUAGGUGAUUGACAGCAGUAGUUGCCUAUCAGCAAGUAGUACCUUCUAUUUAAAGACCUAUUGGCUGUUACCUGGGAUGAGUCACGUCCGUUUUCCCCCUUUGUUUGCCUGUGUUGAUGGUGGCUGUAGGUAAGCGUGCUAUGUUUUAAGUAAAGAAUAAUUGACGACGGGCCGUUCGCGGAGUGGCCGUUACACCUAGGGUGUGCAUUAUUUUUCUAAUAAUCCAACGGACCGAAGUCAAUUAUUCCGCUUAUACUACGGUUGCCACACCUCAAGACAUCGAUCAGAUUAUAUAUUUCAAGGCAUUCCUCCGGUAUUUACUUAAAUCGCUAUUGUGAGUAGGAUUAUUUCUUCCGCAUCUCAUCCAACGCCUCCGUUACUCAUUCCAAACCCACUGCGCCAUGUGACGUCGGAGUGACGUCUUUUCCAUGUUAUUUUUGGACGUCCAAUUUAGGUCCACUGAAGGGGUUGUUUUGUAACGCCAGGCGGCGUCUUUUUCGGCGUCUACAGCACGUCAUAUAUUGACGUCCGUGGGACUUCCGUGUAAGGGCUAUUUAUAGUCCAAAUGUGGUCAUUUGUGGACGUCUUUUCAACGUCAAAUUUAGACUUAUUUUAUAUAUCAUUUUUACUUAACUUCUAUAACUGUAGUCCUGUGUUUUGUUUGGCUCAGCAGCUAGAUUCAACAGGAAAAUGUAAAAAAAAAAAAAAAAAAAAAACAUGGCCUAUUUGGCAUACACAUAAUAAAUCGUGACUGUUUAUUAAAAAAAAUCUGUAUUCAUAUGUAUCAAUCAUGUUGAUAACAACAAUGUUGAUAUUUGUAAAUAAAAAAAAUAUUACAUACAAUCAUGUAAAUUUCCUGCACCUAGACGUCCAAAUGAUGUCCAAAAAAAUACCCAGUUCAAAGGUCAAAUGUCGAACGUCAAUCUGACGUCCAAUUUGGGUCAUGGUUAGACGUCCAAAUAGAGGACCUAGUUUGGACGUCGGAAUAGAUGUCCAGAAUUGGUCAUGGACCGACGGACCCAAUAUAGACAUGAUCUGCACGUCUAUCCGACGUCCAAUGUUUAGUGGGUUAGUGUGUGUGCAAACUGUAACUGUUAUGUAUGUGCGGUCUGUGAGGAAGAGAGAGCGGGAGAUGUGACAUGAUCUAUUGUUUUUAUCAUAUUGUUUACUAUAUUUAUUUGUUUGGCCAGUGUCAUUGUGGGUUUUGGUUAUUUUGCUGUUGUAAGACCUUUGAAAUAACAGAAAUCAUUUGGCGAAGUGAUACGGUCAUGUAAUGCGGUCAAGAGCUGCCUGGAACUACGUUCGCCGUGCGUUUCCCUGAAAAUAAUUGCACACCUUAGAACGUUCGGCAGCCAAUCAGAUUCAAGCAUUCAACAGCCCCGUAGUAUAAUAGGUGGUAAUUUAGAAAUUAUUAGGGUGUGCAUAACCUGAAAUUGUUUUGUUGAUCAUAGUGCAGCUUGGUCUUCUGGUGCUAGUGCCCUUUUCACGCUGCUUGGUGUUUGCCUCUCGGGUAUGUGUAUGUUUAUGUUUGGGAGCUUGUUGUAUAGGGCAGUAUGGUGGUGUGGGCUUAACAUUUCUUUUCGCACGCUAAAGUGGGCAUGGUUUCCUAUGUCCCAUUGUGCUGCUGGUGGGCAUGACUGUGACAGAUCUGUGCCUAUAAAGCGUUCUAUCUGGUGUGUUAUCCUGAUGGUAAGUGUUUAAAUUAUAAUUGGGAGUGGGGAUAAUAUUAUGAUUGGUAACGUCGUCUUUUGUGUUCGUUGUAGGAUUUUCCCUCUCGUUCUAUGCCGUGACAGACGCGAUCAUCGUUAUUAAUUAAAGGGGACUGCUAGUCUGAUUCUUAUCGUGCCGUUUUAGUGCCCUGCUAAACAUCUCUGGCUUGUUGGGGAGGUCUGAUCAGCUCUUUUUGUUUGUAUAAGAGAAAAGUUGGCCUCUUCUUUUGACUUAAACCAUUUAAUCUUUGGUUUUAUUUUAUUUUAUUCUGUGGAAGUACAGUUUAUUUGGCUUGGUUGAUUUGAUUUUUUUUUUUUUUUUAAACUAAUUAAGUGGUUAUAGCUCUUGAUGUAUGUGAUCAAUCAUUUAUUAAUGCAACUCUACUUGUGUGUGAUCAUCUAUUGAGUUCAAGUGGUUUUGUAAUAAUCUCAGGUGACCAACUAUUUGAUCCUUCUAAGGUUAUAUUGCUUUCUCUCUUUACUUCUGCUUAUUACUGUGUUAUGAACCCACUGUGGGUCAUAUUGGUUGGUUGUUGGUUUUUCCUUUGUUUGUUUUGCAGGAUGGAGAUUGGGUGAGUGAUUGUCAUUAUGGCUGAGGACUUACACCUGUGUUUGGAGCUGAUGCCGGCAGAUUUAAGCAGUUCCUUUCAGUUGUGAUGGGGCUCGUCUUCCUUCCUCGUGUUGUGUUUUGUCUCCUUUUCCUUAUUUAAUCCUACUUUAAUAAGUGUAAUUAUUUUUAUUUACUAUGUUCCAACGUGUUAUCUCCUUAUUUGUCGCGGCUUGCAAGCCGGCCGUGACAACUGACAUCCACUGUUGUGAGGACUUGCUUCAUUAGUGAUGUCCAUAUUGCCAUUUCUAUGUUAAUUUCUAUAGUUUCUUAAUUUUCUUUUUGAUUUAUUGCAGGAUCGAGCUAGGGUCUCACGGGUGGAUUGAUCUUCCUCCUUGUGGUGGUGGUUCCUUAUCCUCCAUUUUUCACGAGCUCAUCAAACAACAGUGGUAAGUUAAGUUGGUAUCAUUCAUCAAUCACUGUGAGUAAUGGCUUCUUCUCCUGCUAUUGUUGUUUGCACUGUUUGCCACAUGUACAGUUUAUCAGUCUCUGUCAGCAGCGAGGGAUUCACAUGUGAUUAAUGCAGGGAAAUAGUUAGGCUGACAGAGAAGGUUUUAGAAUUAGAGACACGCAUCCAAACUUUAGUUGAGGAUAGUAAGAAUGUGAGGGCUGUAGAUACUGCUUUGGAUGCGACUAGCUCAGGGAGUCCUGUACAUUGUUCGGUUCCGGUUGAGCCCAUGCAGCAAGGCAACUGGGUGACUGUGAGGCGGGCUAGUCGCGGGUCAAAACACCACUCUUCCGUUCCGAUCAGAACAUCAAACAGGUUCUCCCCACUCAGUGACGCACCCACUGAGAAACCUGAUGAAAGUGUUCUAGUUAUUGGCAAUUCUAUUGUACGGAACGUGAAAAUGGAGACACCAGCCACCAUAGUCCAUUGUUUACCAGGAGCCAGAGCGCCUGACAUCUUGGCAAAUUUAAAAGUGCUGACUAAUGCUAAACGUAAAUUCAGUAAGAUUGUUAUCCACGUCGGCGCUAAUGAUGUUCGACUUCGCCAGUCGGAGAUCACUAAAAAUAAUGUUAAAGAGGUGUGUGAACUUGCAAGUACGAUGUCAGACACUGUAAUAUGCUCUGGUCCGCUCCCUGCUUAUCGUGGUGAUGAGAUUCAUAGCAGACUGUUGUCACUCAAUGGCUGGAUGUCUAAGUGGUGCCCACAAAAUAACAUGGGCUUUAUAGAUAAUUGGAAGAAUUUUUGGGGCAGACCUGACCUGUUGAAAAGAGAUGGUGUUCAUCCCUCCUGGGGUGGUGCCGCUCUUCUCUCUAGAAAUAUCUUAGUUCAUGCGUUUAUGACCUCAAGGUUAGACUAUUGUAAUGCUUUAUUGGGGGGUUGUUCUGCACGCUUUAUCAACAAACUACAGUUGGUCCAAAAUGCAGCAGCUAGAGUCCUUACUAGAACCAGGAAAUAUGACCAUAUUAGCCCGGUUCUGUCAACACUGCACUGGCUCCCUAUCAAACAUCGGAUAGAUUUUAAAAUCUUGUUAAUUACUUAUAAAGCCCUGAAUGGCUUAGCUCCUCAGUACUUGAGCGAGCUCUUAUCACACUAUAGUCCUCCACGUCCACUGCGUUCUCUAAACUGGCCGUUUGAUAAUACCUAGAAUAUCAAAAUCGACUGCGGGCGGUAGAUCCUUUUUCCUAUUUAGCACCCAAACUCUGGAACAAUCUACCUAACACUGUUCGGGAGGCAGACACACUCUGUCAGUUUAAAUCUAGAUUAAAGACCCAUCUCUUUAGCCUGGCUUACAUAUAACACACUAAUACGCUUCUAUUAUUCAAAUCCGUUAAAGGAUUGUAAGGCUGCAUUAGUUAGAUCAACCGGAACCGGGAACACUCCCCAUAACACACGAUGUACUCGUUACAUCGUAAGUAGAAUGGCAUCUACGCUAAUAUUUGUCUGUUUCUUUCCUAUUCUGUUUCUCAGUCCGUAUCCGAUCAGAUGGUGGAUCAGCACCAAGAGAUGAUGUCUACAGCCCUAAUCGUCAGCGGAGACCAGGACACCCAGAUGAGCCCCAGAGACAUAUCCCCAGUGAAGACCUCCAUAGGAUUGGAUGGAGAGAGGAAUCACCCCGACUGAAUGUCUCGCCAGCGGGCACGAUCUCCCAUGGCUAACCUGGAAGACCCUCAACAGACUACGAGUGGAACAGGGGAGGUGCAAAGCACUUAUGAAAACAUGGAACCACCAGACAGACGACACAUGUAGCUGUGGAGCAGUUCAGACAAUGUCCCACCUACUGGAGUGUGAAAACGCCCCCCAGUGCAGCCCCCAGGACCUGGCUGAACCGACCCCAUCAGCUGUGACCUGCGCUAGAUACUGGCAGAACGACAUCUGAAAUUGCAACGGACUCGAAAAGAAGAAGUGAAGACCUCGAUUAAAAUACAAAACUAAAAAUAUAACAAAAUAACAAAAAAUAUAAUAAAAUACCUAACUACAUAAUACUAUUAUUGUUAGAAAUCUCAACAAAAUAAAAAAUAGAAAUAUAAACUUUUGAACUGCGGGUUUCGUCUGGCCAGAGGAGAACUGGCCCCCCGACUGAGCCUGGUUUCUCCCAAGGUUUUUUUUUCUCCAUUCUGUCACAGAGGGAGUUUUGGUUCCUUGCCGCUGUCGCCUCUGGCUUGCUCAGUUGGGGACACUUAAUUUCUAGCGAUUAUCGCCGAUUUGAUUGCACAGAUACUAUUUAAACUAAACUGAGCUAGACAAUGACAUCUCUGAAUUCAAUAAUGAAAUGCCUUUAACUGAAAAUUGAGUGUUUAAUCUUAUCAUUAUACAUUAUACAUUAUCCAAUUUGAUACUGUUAAGUGCUUUGACACAAUCUGUAUUGUUAAAAGCGCUAUAUAAAUGAAGGUGAAUUGACUUGA